AUGCAGGUGAUACUCGCCCUCUUCAUGUGCGCGAUCGCGCUCGGCGCCCCAACCACCACACCGCCUUGCACAUGCACCGAAAUAUUCGCCGAAGUUCAAAUAUUUGCACAGAAUGCAAUGUUGAACAUCUCGCCACCUCUGAACCAGUCACAGUUCACAGGCUUUAUCACCAGCCUCACGAGUCAGACUUCGAUUGUUACCUCCUCUAUCGUCGGAUCGUCGAAGAACAUUAAUGAACCUUCAGUCGAUUUCUGUUGUGGAGUUUCUGGUUCAUGGACGUCAGGUGUCGGGCUCUCAAGUACACUGAACGGAAUUGAGGAAGUACAGUUCGCCACUCAGGUUCAAAUUGCGGCGACCUUGGUUGAAUCUUUGAAAAACGGUUGGCUGCAUCAGUAA